GAAACUCUCGCAGCGAAGAGCCAACUGUGAACUCUGUCAAUCGGGUGUUUUAUUUGGAUGUGUUGAGUAUUUUUUUUUUAACCAUUUUACAAACUAUGAAUUGGCAACAAUCGAGGAUUAGUUAUGUCCUACGAUUCUGUUCAGCUCCAGCAUGGAGACCCUGAGACCCUGGAUUGCGCCUCUUGUCGAAGCUGCGUUGUGCUUAUGCUUGGGACAGCCACUGCCGGAAGAUGUGGCUCUACGUAACCCACUGAAGUUGGUCGAUGAUGAUAGCAUCCAUCGAGUUCGCGUGAGAGAUCGGAAAUUCGUGCAGGUUGCUGAAUGGUCUCCCGCUACAGGACCCGUCCGGGGUAUUCUAUCCGACUCUGUCACCGCCAUCUCGAGCACUUUUUCUAGAGAGUCUACGGAGAGCUAUAGGAGGAAGACCAGGAAACCUCUUAACAGAAAUACCAAGGGCGCGAUAAUAAAGAUCAAUGAAUUCGAUAUUGUUAUUAGCCAUGUUAAGGCUCCACCUGAGAUUACUCUAUCUGUUCUGGACUUCCGCGUUGAGGGAUGCGAAGGUAGUAGUAUUUUUGGCCGUCCAGUCGAUAUCACUGGUCAUUCCAGUAUAUCCAGCAUGGCCAGGAAGUGUUCGAGAAAGGAAAAUGGCCAACGAAAUGGCGGUGGUCUCCCAAAUGGUGAAGGGCGGGAAGCGAAUGUGCCCACAGAUACGGAUUCAGAGUCGGAUGCGUCAUCUCUGAGGUCCCACGCCUGUGCCUCCAUCGCACCUCCAGCCUCACAAGACAAUUUUAUAUCACAGCUUCCAAACAGUCGGCGAUCGGAAAAACCACUCGCACAGCCUAGAAAUGACUCUGCAUUGCCUAAGAAGAACGCUACGUUGUUACUUUCCGCCCUCACCUCGAAAUCGGGGCUGGAGCCAGAUCCAGCUAUUAAGGAAAAUCUUGAUAAAACGGCGGAAAGGCACAAGCCAUCCUCUAGUCGAUUAGACGUGGAUAUAGAGCAUAUUGGUUUCGCGACUCAACUCAUCCCAUCUAUUGAAAACGCGAUCCCUUUGGACGAGGAAAUCAACCGCAAUUGUAGUGGAGAUGCCGAAUCGUUACCCCCAUCUGGGAGCCCACUUGCAAGGACACCCCGUACGCACAUCUCCGGUGAAAGAUCCCCAUCCCUCAACCAGAACCGUCAAAGGGAUAGUGCGGCAAGUAAAAGAAGUGGCGACAAGCCAAGAGACCACCUAGAUCCUCAGAUAUCUCCGGAAAUGGCUAAACCAACGACUAAGAAUAAACUGAUGCCUAACAAUAGCCCCAAGACGAACACACAACCCGGCAAAGACGACCCCUGGAGCCAGAUGGUCCGGAUUCGACGUCGGGAUGUUACAAUUCGAAAGGACCAAGAAGAGUUGAUCGAGAUGAAUGAAUCCUGGUUUCCUCCAGAACCUGGGAAGCAAGCGCCACAAGCCCAUGUCCCGAUACACCUUUUGCAGAAAUGGAAUGAUAUGCUUCGUCGCAGGUCAUCAAACGAGACAACUAGCACAUGCGCGAACCCUCAUUCUGCAAACGAGGAUGAGGAUCUCGACGCUGAUCUACUGAAGUCUUCGCCAGAAGGCGAACCGCUGGACUCAGAGUGGACUCCCACGCCACAGCCGUCAUCCUCUUCUCAUCUUGUUCCGCAAGAUAGUAGCCCUCCAGCUAUAAAUAAUUCCCGCCUACGCCCCCCUUUCCCUGUGAAGGCUAACCAGAGGGAUAUUGUAGCUAGUGGAAACGAGGAUGACCUGGGAUAUGGACCUGACAUUGGUACUAAUUCGCAAAAGCCAGCCGAUCUCAGUACUGCUACGCCCAUUGAAGAUGAAGAUGUCCAUUCCGAGAUGGAAAUAUCACCUCCCACUGGCUUGGGAAACGUGAGCCAAGCCGAUCAGGACCCUGAGAACGACAACUUCACAAGCUCUGUAGCUUCACUGCCAUCUGCCAAUAAAGUUUCAUUCACCGAAGUCGAACAGACUCCGUAUAUCCAAGUUGGUAAACGGAAAAUGGCAUCAGCCACUCGUAGCCCGAAGAGCAUUGACGGAGACUCUGGGCAAAGAUUUACCAAGGUUUCUUCGGACCCUCUCAUUCCUUCAACGUACGAUACCCGGCGUUUAACAGUUCAGCCGGGGCCUUCUGCGUCUGUAAGCGGAAAAGCCACGCAGACUGCUACACAAAACCCCGGUCUGGCAUCUCUAGAAAGAUUUAGCCCAUUGGAUUGUGGCUCGACGGAUGGGGACGACGAUUCUAUAGUAGGGGGACAACUAGUGUCUAGCUUGGAUGAAUGUGCGCAAAAUACUAAUGAGGAGUAUUUGGAUGUAUCCGUUACUGCCCGAGCUCUAGGAACCAUGAUGAACACGAAUAAACCCGCUAGUAAUUCGGUUAACGUAGGCGGAUCUCAAAUAGAAAUGAAUUCCACCCCGUCGAUUAUCGGAAAGCGGAAACGAAAUGAGGUACCCUCUAUUAAGGAUCGCAAUUUAGCUAAACAGCCAAAGAUUUUUCAGUCGCAAACCUCUCGUCUCAGCGCACGUUCGUUCGUGGUAAGGCCUAUGGAAUGUCGACAACCUGGAUCUGAACGCGGUCGAUCCCGUUUCGGAAACAAUAUAUUGCCAUCAAAGACAGAAGGCGUGUAUAAUCAGUUCAAGCGAGCCUAUCCUGACUAUGCCGGUAGCAUUGAUAAUUUUAAGCAGGCAUGCGAUAAGCUACAGCGCCUGCGGGAACAAGAUUUCAUGAAGCGAUCAUUCCUGUGGGAUGAUUUUGUUGUGCAAUAUCCGGCAUAUACCCUACGGCAUCGCUACGAGGAGGAUUCCUCCCAUACUAUUUCUUACGAGACUUACUUCCAAAAGGAAGUCACAAAACCACGAUGUCGAAAGCGCAAUCUCACUGCUCGCGACUUGGAGCUUGUCUUUGCUGACAGGGAAAACGAGCAUCAUGUCGCAGAGGCUUCUCUUACGCGAAAUGACAGCAGAGGGUCAUCUUGCGUCAAUCUACUAGGUAAUGAACAGGAGCCUUCAGCCCGAGAAACUCCAGUGGUUCAUGUACUGCCAUCAGACGAAGAACUAGACGAUGGCCAGGAACUGAGCAUUCCUGAGUCCAAUCAUGGAGAAUUACUGAGCAGCCCCGAGGUGGACCAUGUUGAUGAUAUUUCUGGAUCAAGUGAUGAGCUUGGCGCUCAUGACACUGCCAGCGUUGAACUUGGUGAUCCGGAUACUUCCUUUGCUCUUUCAGGUUUCGAGAAAGAGAGGGUCUCUAGCGAUGAGGAUAUUGAAGACAAGCUCAUAUUGGAUGAAAUUGCUGAGUCAGUUGAAGGGCCACAUCGAUCUCUUGUGCCUUCAACAGCUACGAAGCAGGCCCGCAGCAUGUCUCUCGAGCUUGACUUUGAUGAUGAUAGCGUUAUCCUCGAUAGCUCCCCUUCAAACUGGAGCGAACAAGAAAGUGAUCAUGAAGGUAGGAGUGACCCACCGAAUGAACACAGCCAUGUCUCUCUUAGAAGCCAGGAGAGGCAUAUUUCACCUCCACCACGUUCUCGACGGCCGUACCGGCGCUUUUUCCGUUCGCCACCUGACUCUGUUCGAGACCCUUUCUGGAAUUUAUACAAUAAAGCGAAGCAACCCGGCGAAGUUAAUAAUACAGAUGAUCCAAAGCCGUGGUAUAGAUUUCCAAAUACACCAUUCAAGCUCUAUGCCCGCAACGUUGCAAAACUCCAGGCAGACUAUGCCUUUCGGCAGGACGGAUCCAAAGCGGAUCCGAUUCCUGUGGAUGAAGACGGCGUUGUUCGUCCCUCGCCUCUAGGAGACCCACGGGGCAUGGGUUCCAUGGGGUGGAAACUUUGAUAGACAAAAUCUGUGACCGUAUUUUCUCAAAAGGAUUUUUUAUAUACUGGCGAAGGGGGGGAAAAAGUUAUUCGGAAUGCAUGUAACUAAUAAUGAUAUAAUGAUAUGUUUACGCUUAUGAAAAAGGUUUAUACUAUGCGUUCAUGGACGGCCUUUGCCCAUCUCUCACUCUCUCCUUGUUUUCUUUCAGGCCCUGUGCCUGUCUUUCCCUUUGCCUUCAUAAGGAUUUUCUUAACUCGCCAUUUGAUUGGGUACCUGGCCCCAGCUGGCUUCAACGAUUGACGCGACCAUUUCGAACGCCCUUUGUAACCUUUUUUUUUUUUUUUUUCUGCCGCUCCGUUUUACGGCUCUAUAUAGCUUUGCGUUAUGAGCGAAGUUUCUCUCCCGGAUCUCACUAACUAUAUAUAAGUAAGUAGACGGAAAGGGUUUGGAGUGGGGCUACUCAGCAUAAUCCUAGAAACAGGUUGGUUCAUCGGGGUAUGAAUGUGAGAACUAUCGGGACUUGGUUCCUCUUUGGAGAGCGUUUUCUUUUUUUUCUUUUUUCUUUUUUCUUUUUUUUUUUUCGUGUGAGAAGAAUGGGCCACUGGCACGCGUAAACGAUUUAUUUCCAUGCUAGGGAGGAAAG